GUUUUGGUCUGCCUAAGAACGUUGUCUUCUUGUGAAUCUUCUCUUCUUGGACUUCGUCACAAUGAACAGACAGCAGCAUUAUUCCCAGCCAUUCCAGACGGCCCCAACGCACCGCUACCCCAGCACGAGCAGUGCCUUCAGCGCCAGCGCAAAUCCCAAUGAAGACUGGACCAAGAUCACAGACCUCGCCGAAAGGAGGAGAAUACAAAACAGAAUAGCUCAACGCAAUUAUCGCAAGAAGCUUAAGAAGCGACUUGAAGAUCUCGAGAAGAGAGCUGCAUCCAAUUCGGAAUCGCCCGAGCAGAAACCAGCGGAGCUGGAUAGACCAAAAGCACAGAAAAACGCCGGCCGGUCUUCUGAUUCCCGCGAGUCUCAGGGGUUCUCCUAUGACAGGCAGGCCUCGCAAGCAUCUUCUGUGCAUUUCAUGACUUUCGAUGACCGCAACAUGUUCUCGCAGCAGUACACACGCCAGCUCUCGACAUCGCCUCCUCCAUUUGUCUACUCGAGCUACCCGACAGAGACGAUGAGCUAUCCAGCGUACUCAACAGAGAUGUAUCCACCCAUCUCGUCAAGCACGGACAUCCCAAUCUUUCCACCAGAGCUGCCUCCGCUCUCAGCCUCGAUACAUGCAAUACCGCCAACAGUGUCGUCCGUAGACUAUCCGGCGAAACAGGAUGCCUUCUAUGCGAGCGACUUGGCGCCGUUCAACUUUGGCUACGGAUCAAUAGCUGGUCUCGACGUGUCCACCUCGCAGUCUUACUCAGAGUCAAAUCCUCAUGUAGGAGACCCUAUUUCAUACGCACACCGCCACUAUCAGACUGCUUUGAGCAAUCAGUCGCAGGCUCGCCGCCUGAGCUUUCAAUGCCCACCACCCCUCCCUUCUCGACCAUCCUAUAACAUCAACAAGGUACAGGCCGAACCAACCGGAGUGGGACGGCUCCAGGAAGGCCCUGGACUGGACGACGUACAACUUGUCUAGUUCAAGGAAGCUGUCGGAUGUUUCGCCUCUCCGCCCCUGUGCUCCAGCUUCUUGUCCAUAGUCCUUCAUUUGAUGACUAUCAUUUUAUUCUACUUAUAUCUCAACACCAAUCGUUUUUUUGGCAUAGCGAAGCGUAACGAAACGAAACAUGCUCCCCUCUCGCUACUUUUUUUUGGCCGAAGGCGAGAGCAGGACGAAAGGGCAAAUCGCUUGACCACGAUGUCAGGGCGAAAACAAUCUGGGCAACGGGAAAUUUUCUCUCACGCGGAAUCGGACGAUUCGGCGGUCGAGACACAGCCAUUUUGACCGAGAAUAACGAGCUGAAUGGGCAAGGGUUGGCUUUUUACUUUUCUCGAGCCUGGAGUUCAUUUUUUUUGGGGGGGGUGUUUAACGUGCGGAGGAACACGCGCCCCGUGUCGCGUUCCGCAAUGAGCCGGAUCACCUGAUUGGAGGGCUGGAAGAUCGUGAAACUUUCUUUGUAUAUUUCAGAUAGCGUCUCACGGCCUAGAGAGAGGAUUGCGUCAGAUCACCACAGAUCCUUCUGGUUCGCUGGCCAGUUGGGCAGCAUUUGCCUUGGAUGGCGGGCAGGUGUUGGUUCCUCUCUGAACAGCUCGGAAUAGACUGGGGUGAGCUUGUGGUGCGUUGUCCAUAGGCAAAUCAUAGAAUACGAGCUCCUGCGUCCGAUUCGAGAAGGACGAUCCACAUUUUUCAGCUCCC